CCCGCGGCCCCCGACCCCCGGCCGCACGGACCCACGGCCUGCAGAAUCAUGAUUCCGGUAACGGAAUUCCGACAGUUUUCUGAGCAGCAGCCGGCAUUCAGAGUGCUGAAGCCGUGGUGGGAUGUGUUUACUGAUUACCUCUCAGUAGCCAUGCUGAUGAUCGGAGUGUUUGGAUGUACCUUACAGGUCAUGCAAGACAAGAUCAUCUGCCUUCCAAAAAGAGUCCCACCUGCUCAGAACCACUCUUCCGUCCCCAAUGCCUCUCACGCCAUCGUCAGCACAACGGCCUUGCCACCCCCUAAGCCCUCCACCAAUCCAGUCACCGUGGAAAUGAAGGGCUUGAAAACCGAUCUGGACCUCCAGCAGUAUAGCUUCAUAAACCAAAUGUGUUACGAACGGGCCUUACACUGGUAUGCAAAGUACUUUCCCUAUCUUGUGCUCAUACAUACCCUCAUCUUCAUGCUCUGUAGUAACUUCUGGUUCAAAUUCCCCGGCUCCAGCUCCAAAAUCGAACACUUCAUUUCGAUCCUCGGGAAGUGUUUCGACUCCCCCUGGACCACGAGGGCCUUGUCGGAGGUGUCCGGGGAAGACUCGGAAGAGAAGGAUAACAGGAAGAACAACAUGAACAGGGCCAUCCCCGCCCCUCCGGCCGCAGAAGGCACCUUGGUGAAGAGUCAGUCGUUAAAAUCUAUCCCGGAGAAGUUUGUCGUGGAUAAGGCAACGGCGGGGGCUCUGGAUAAGAAAGAAGGGGAACAGGCAAAGGCGUUGUUUGAAAAAGUCAAGAAGUUCCGGCUGCACGUUGAGGAAGGCGACAUACUUUACGCCAUGUACGUUCGCCAGACUGUCCUUAAGGUUAUCAAAUUCCUGAUCAUUAUUGCGUAUAACAGCGCGCUGGUCUCCGAAGUCCAGUUUACUGUAGACUGCAAUGUUGACAUUCAAGACAUGACGGGCUAUAAACAUUUCUCCUGCAACCACACCAUGGCCCACUUGUUUUCGAAACUCUCCUUCUGCUACCUGUGCUUCGUGAGCAUCUAUGGAUUCACGUGCCUUUACACCCUAUAUUGGCUCUUCUACCGUUCCCUGAAGGAAUAUUCCUUUGAGUACGUCCGGCAGGAGACGGGAAUUGACGAUAUUCCCGACGUCAAGAACGACUUUGCGUUCAUGCUUCAUAUGAUCGACCAGUACGAUCCUCUGUAUUCCAAGAGAUUUGCCGUGUUCCUGUCCGAGGUCAGCGAAAACAAACUGAAACAGUUGAACUUAAAUAAUGAAUGGACUGCGGAUAAACUGAGGCAGAAGCUGCAGAUGAACGCCCAGAACCGGCUGGAGUUGCCGCUGAUCAUGCUGUCCGGCCUCCCGGACACGGUUUUCGAAAUCACGGAACUGCAGUCCUUAAAACUGGAAAUCAUUAAGAACGUAAUGAUCCCAGCCACCAUUGCUCAACUGGACAAUCUCCAAGAGCUCUCUCUGCACCAGUGCUCUGUGAAAAUCCACAGCGCAGCCCUGUCCUUCCUGAAGGAAAACCUGAAGAUCCUGAGCGUCAAGUUCGACGACAUCCGGGAGCUGCCCCCUUGGCUCUACGGCCUCCGGAACCUGGAGGAGCUGUACUUAAUCGGCUCGCUGAGUCACGAUAUCGCCAAGAACAUUACGCUCGAGUCUCUGCGGGAUCUGAAGAGCCUGAAAGUUCUCUUCAUCAAGAGCAACGUGUCCAAAAUCCCUCAGUCGGUAGUUGACGUGUCCAGCCACCUUCAGAGGAUGUGCAUCCACAACGACGGCACCAAGCUGGUCAUGCUGAACAACCUGAAGAAGAUGGUUAAUUUGACCGAGUUGGAGUUGGUCCACUGUGAUCUGGAGCGCAUCCCCCACGCCGUCUUCAGCCUCCUCAGCCUCCAGGAGUUGGACUUAAAGGAAAACAAUCUCAAAUCCAUCGAGGAGAUCGUGAGUUUCCAGCACCUGCGGAAACUGACCAUCCUGAAGCUGUGGCACAACAGCAUCACCUAUAUCCCGGAGCACAUCAAAAAGCUCACGAGCCUAGAGCGGCUCUCCUUCAGUCACAAUAAAAUCGAGGUGCUCCCUUCCCACCUCUUCCUAUGCAACAAAAUCCGCUACCUGGAUCUGUCCUACAAUGACAUUCGAUUCAUCCCACCGGAAAUAGGCGUGCUGCAGAGCCUGCAGUAUUUUUCCAUCACUUGCAACAAGGUGGAGAGCAUCCCAGAUGAACUGUACUUCUGCAAGAAGCUGAAGACGUUGAAGAUCGCGAAAAACAGCCUAUCCGUCCUCUCCCCGAAGAUUGCCAACCUGCAGUUCCUCUCAUACUUAGAUGUGAAAGGCAAUCACUUGGAGACCCUGCCACCCGAACUCGGCGACUGUAGGGCUCUGAAGCGGGUUGGCUUGAUCGUGGAGGAUGCUCUGUUUGAAACUCUACCUUCUGAUGUCAGGGAGCAAAUGAAAGCCGAAUAACUUCUUUGCCUCAAAGCAUCGCCGAAAAGUGCUUCUACCAAAUACAGUAUGAAUAAGGAGGGAGUCUGAAUGCCUUUAACGUUGUCUUUUCUUUUUUGUUCUUUCCUUUUUCACACAUGACAAACUGUACAGACUGAUUUAGAGUAAGGAAUACCUAUAUUUUUAAAUAAAAAAGUUUACUUGUA